AUGGUUGACGAGGAAUUGGAGAACCUUAUGCCUUCUGAGUCUGAAGGUCCUAAAUCUUCACCUCAGCCUACCUUUUCUUCUCCUGAUCAAAGGAUUGAAGUAAAGUUCUUGAUUAAAUCGUGGUUGACUGUUCAUGAAUACUUUGUGGAGUUUAGAUUACCUUCGUCCACUACAUUGGUGGAUGUUCUCAAAAUCGCUAACAGGCAACUUGCAAAUGAUUUGAGUGAUCCUGCUGGAAUUUUCAACUGGAAUUUUGCUCGUGGACAGAAGUGGGUAAACUGUAACGUGAUAUUCAUCAAGCCACGAGUUUUGGCUGGCGACCUUAAUCAGACGAUAGGCGAGCUUGAAAAUGACCAGCAGUUGUGUUUUUCGAAUUCCGUUGACUGUUACCAGGUGCUAGAUAGGUAUGGGUGGGUGGUGUUUUUUCAGAUUGUAGGUGCAUCAUUUUUUGUUUUAUUUUUAAUUUUUCUCUUUGCUGCCAUAGUGGACAAGCCAAUUUGGGAGUUAAGUUCAGAAUUAGGAGUUGCUCCUGCAAUUCUGUAG